CUUAUUAGACCAGGGAUUUGAUUGUAAGUAGUUUUAAUCCACUAGGAAAAAACUCCAUGUGUCUUUGUUUCACAAUCCAGGAAACACUGUUUGCCUAAUUGGCAUGUAAUUAACUUAGGUGUCAUAUCAAGUCCCACUUAUCAGGAGGUUACAAACCAAGAUAACAAAAAGGGAAGGAGUAUGGUUAAUUAUAUAGAGUAUAGGUAAGACAGGAAGCCAAGCCUAACUGGAGUAACUCCUUAAUCUACCAAGUCCACACUAAAGCAAACCUCCAUUGUUCAUAAUACAUUUAGUGUGAUUUUUCUAAAGGAAAUUAUUAAUAGGAUAUGUUGAGCCAAAAUUAAACAUAAUGAUAUCCUUCAUUUAUAAACUGCAUAAAAAAACACAAAUACAUCUGUUUAAGUAACAAGUCAGACUGAUACUGCAUUUAGUUUUUAUCUUGCAUAGUAUAUUUCAGGACUAAGAUUUGAGGAAUAAAACUAACGUUUAUGGUUCUCAGUGAGCUUUUAAGGUUUCUACAUAAACACCAGUCAGUUUCAUAGGGUCCUGUGUAGCACAUAAGUGUCAAUAUUUGCUCAAGUAUUUUGAUACAUUUUGUUACUAUGAUUCCAUGUGUUCAGCAGUGUUAUAGUUAUUGUCCACUCUCUUCUUGUUGUCUUUUCUUCCUAUAAGAUAUUUCUUUCAUUCCUAAUACAAAAAAACAGCCAAACAGAAGAGUAGAGGAGGAGUCCAAGGGAAUUCCUGGUUUCAACAGAGCUGGCUCUGCCAUGUAGUCACUCUGUGGCUCUGGUCCUUAAUUUUAGUAUUAGCUAGAUGGGAAUUAUAACUUAUCUUGUCCGGUCACAGGACUGGAAGAUAACAUGAGUUAAUGAAUGUGAAAACAUCCUAAACCUUGCCUAUUCCUUUACACUGGAGAAUUGUAAUGUUUUUCAUUCUUCUCAGCAGCUGAGCUCACAUGUUAAGUACAAUCUGACAUUCUUUGAAAUGAAGCAUUAUGAAUGUGGGCUGAAGAAAUGAAUGAAGUGAAAUGAUGAAGGGCAAAGUACCUGGGAUUUGGUGAACAAGUAACAGAUAUUACUUCAUUCUUUAGCGUUUUCCUCAGGCUUUUAUGGCACUAAUGUGAGCCCGAAUGUUAUUGCCUCUGGGAAGCCUUCCACAAACCUUCUGCGUGCUCCUACAGCACCCUCCACCUCUCCAAGUGCAGCCCUCACCACACCUUUCUGCCAUGGAUCACUUAGUUUCUGUCCCUCACUAGACUGAAGCUCACAAGAACAAGGGCAAUAUUUUGAUCAUGGUUGUAUCUGCAGUGCCCAGCACAGUACUGUAAAUAAGUCUUGGAAAAAUGGCAUCUAGUGCUUUUUGCAUGGCCCAAAGGGGCCCUGUGCUGCUCCACUACAGAGGAAAAUUCAAGACAUGCUGGUUUGCUACAGUGUUUUAGCUUGUGAGAGUCUCUGGGACCUUCCCUGCUCCAUCAUGGGGUCACCUCUAGGUCAUUUUACCUGGGACAAAUACCUAAAAGAAACAUGUUCAGUCCCAGCGCCUGUCCAUUGCUUCAAGCAGUCUUAUACACCUCCAAGCAAUGAGUUUAAGAUCAGCAUGAAAUUGGAAGCACAGGAUCCCAGAAACACCACAUCCACCUGUAUUGCCACAGUAGUUGGACUGACAGGUGCCCGACUUCGUCUGCGCCUUGAUGGCAGUGACAACAAGAAUGACUUUUGGAGACUGGUUGACUCUUCCGAAAUCCAACCAAUUGGAAACUGUGAGAAGAAUGGCGGGAUGCUGCAGCCCCCUCUAGGAUUUCGGCUGAAUGCCUCCUCUUGGCCCAUGUUCCUUUUGAAGACAUUAAAUGGAGCAGAGAUGGCUCCCAUCAAGAUUUUCCAUAAGGAGCCACCAUCACCUUCCCACAACUUCUUCAAAAUGGGAAUGAAGUUAGAAGCUGUAGACAGAAAGAACCCUCAUUUCAUUUGCCCAGCCACUAUUGGAGAAGUUCGAGGCUCAGAGGUGCUAGUCACCUUUGAUGGGUGGCGAGGCGCAUUUGACUACUGGUGCCGCUUUGACUCCCGGGACAUCUUUCCUGUGGGCUGGUGUUCUUUGACUGGAGAUAACCUGCAGCCACCUGGCACCAAAGUUGUGAUUCCAAAGAAUCCUUCCCCUUCAUCUGACGUGAGCACUGAGAAGCCCAGCAUCCAUAGCACCAAAACUGUCUUGGAGCAUCAACCAGGGCAGAGGGGGCGCAAACCAGGAAAGAAGCGGGGCCGAACACCCAAGAUCCUUAUUCCCCAUCCCACCUCUACCCCAUCCAAGUCAGCUGAACCUUUGAAAUUUCCAAAGAAGAGAGGUCCCAAGCCUGGCAGUAAGAGAAAACCUCGGACUUUGCUGAGCCCACCACCCACCUCACCAACAACCAGCACCCCUGAACCGGACACCAGCACUGUGCCCCAAGACGCUGCCACUAUCCCAAGUUCAGCCAUGCAGGCCCCGACAGUUUGUAUCUACUUGAACAAGAAUGGCAGCACGGGCCCCCACCUGGAUAAGAAGAAGAUCCAACAACUCCCUGACCAUUUUGGGCCAGCCCGUGCCUCUGUGGUGCUGCAGCAGGCUGUCCAGGCUUGCAUUGACUGUGCUUAUCACCAGAAAACUGUCUUCAGCUUCCUCAAACAGGGCCACGGCGGUGAAGUCAUCUCAGCCGUGUUUGACCGGGAACAGCACACUCUCAACCUCCCAGCAGUCAACAGCAUCACCUAUGUCCUCCGUUUCCUCGAGAAGCUCUGCCACAACCUUCGAAGUGACAAUCUGUUCGGCAACCAGCCCUUUACACAGACUCACUUAUCACUCACUGCCACAGAGUACAGCCACAGCCACGACAGGUACCUACCAGGUGAAACCUUUGCCGUGGGGAAUAGCCUGGCCCGGUCCUUGGAGACACACUCAGACCUAAUGGACUCUACCUUGAAGCCUGCCAACCUUGUCAGCACGUCCCAAAACCUUCGGACUCCUGGCUAUCGGCCCUUGCUUCCCUCCUGCAGCCUCCCAUUAAGCACAGUCUCUGCUGUGCGCAGGCUCUGCUCUAGGGGAGUGUUAAAAGGAUCAAAGGAAAGAAGGGAUGUGGAAUCAUUUUGGAAACUAAAUCAUUCCCCAGGGUCAGAUCGACAUCUGGAGAGCCGAGAUCCCCCUCGCCUAAGUGGCCGGGACCCCUCCUCGUGGACAGUGGAGGAUGUGGUGCAGUUUGUCCGAGAAGCCGAUCCUCAGCUUGGCUCCCAUGCUGACCUCUUCCGAAAACAUGAAAUCGAUGGCAAGGCCCUGCUCCUGCUGCGCAGUGACAUGAUGAUGAAGUACAUGGGCCUGAAGCUGGGGCCCGCCCUCAAGCUCUCCUUUCACAUUGACCGGCUGAAGCAGGGCAAGUUCUGAACAGGAAGCACUCUUCUUCCAGGAAGCCACCAGCCAGCUCCCAGGCACCUUAGUAGGGCUCUGGGUGACCUCAGGACUCCAGGAGGCUGGAAAACUGCCACUGCUACCCUUCCUGCCCUGAUGUGUCCUUCCAUGAAGGACUGAGGAGGGAGCAGUGGGCCCAGGGCUGGUGCUGCUCGUCCCCUUAGCCUGCUGUGGCUCCCAGGCCCUUCUAUUUAAUUCUCAAGGCUAGCCAGCCUCUCACCACAAGUUUAGAUGAGCACCUUUCAAGAGAUGAGGAGGAUGCCAACCCUAGGACCUUGAAAGGCCCUGGUACCCAGGCCCCUUGCCAUCUCCUGGGCUUGGCAUAGUGUCCCACAGCCCCCAGCUCAUGCCUUCUCACUGGAUCCCCAGACUCUGAACUUAUGGUGCAGACCUUUUUUAAAGAGAUCCUUUCUUAUUGCUAAUUUAUUGCUUCUGGCAUUUGGACUUACUGCUUCUCUUGCACCAAACAUUUUUUGGAAGAGGGAGACCAUCCUCUGUGGUCCAGAGAGGGCCUCUCCAGAGAAGUGUGGCCCUAUUUCAGAAGACACUGCCCUAGGGCACUUCUUCUCUGGAAUGGACAAAGUAUAUAUGGCCCACUGAGCGUAAGGUGAGGGUCCCUCUUCCUACACUGGGUCCUUUGUAGCCCCAGUCUUCAUCUCUGAUGGAGUUUCCUCUCACCCUGCCCCUACAGCUCCCUGCCCUGGUCAGAAUUGCUGCAAAAGAUGGGGCCUAAUGCCAUUAGGUCACGGGGCCCCAAUGGUGGGAUGGAGGACCUCGAGGCUGGAGGGGUUUUGCCCUUUGCUAGCUUCUGUGCUUCCUCCUAAGCAAGCUAGCAGCACUGCUGCCCCCACUGCCAUGUGAACUAUUUUAUGUCCGUUUGUUUAUAAAUAAAAACCGAUGCAAAUGCC